AUGGCGUACCCCGACGAGUUCGAAGGCUUCAUGAUCGAGGACCAAAAGAAAUGGACCGAGUUCAAGAAGAAGACAUUCAAACCUAAGGAAUUCGGAGACCACGACGUUGACAUCAAGAUCGAGUGCUGCGGUGUUUGCGGAUCUGACGUGCACACGAUCAACGGCGGUUGGGGUGAUGCUCCUCUGCCGCUCUGUGUUGGCCACGAGGUGGUUGGCCAUGCCGUCAAGGUUGGCCCAGCAGUCAAGAGUAUCAAGGUCGGAGACCGUGUCGGUGUUGGCGCUCAGAUCUGGGCUUGUCUCAAGUGCCCUCAAUGCAAGAGCGACAAUGAGAACUACUGCCCGCAUCAGGUCGACACAUACGGAGCCCCCUACCCCAAGGACGCCGAUCCCAACGAAACCAUCACUCAAGGCGGGUAUGCCUCGCACAUUCGAGCGCACGAAUACUUCGCCUUCCCCAUCCCCGAUGAAAUCCCAUCAGAAGCCGCCGCGCCCAUGCUUUGUGCCGGGUUGACGGUCUGGUCUCCUCUCGUGCGGGCAGGAAUUGGUCCCGGCAAGAAGGUGGCUGUCGUUGGUUUGGGCGGGCUAGGACACUUUGCGGUAAUGUGGGCGAAUGCACUUGGGGCUGAGGUCACCGUCAUCUCCCACUCGCCGAGGAAGAAGGACGACGCGCUGAAGCUGGGUGCGAAGGAGUUUGUGACAAACAGCGAAAAGGGAUGGGCAGACAAGUAUGCGUUCGCCUUCGACUUUGUCCUCAACACCGCCGACAUGACACACACCUUCGACAUUGCCGAAUACCUCUCCAUAUGCAAGGUCAACGCCAGCUUCCAUCAGGUAGGCCUCCCGGACGAGCCUCUGCCCUCUUUCAAAGCACAAGCCUUCACCACCAAUGGGAGCUCGAUUGGCGCAAGCCACAUCGGUAGCAGACCUGAAUGUUUAGCAAUGUUGAAGCUAGCAGCGGAGAAGAAACUCUUCCCCAUGGUCGAGACAAUCCCCAUUUCAGAGGCAGGAUGUGCCGAAGCCGUGUCCCGAGUCCACGAUAACAAGGUGCGUUAUCGAUUUACUUUGACGGAUUACGACAAGGCUUUUGGUCCCCGGGACUAG